UUUGUUUAAGAAGAUGUACCCAGCCAAAUUCAUUGAGUACACAGUGUCUGGCGAAAUCAGGUUUUAUCUACAGAAUGUGACGCAACUUGGAUAGGUUUGGUCCUUAAUGUAACUUUUGAUUGGUUUAAAACUUACACUCCCUCUGGUCUUUAAAUAUUACACUGCUAUAUGACACAGGAAAAGUCUUUCACAAUUGUAAGUGGCCAAAAAAAAGAUUUUCAGUUAAGUCAGUUACCUAGAAAGCGUGCACACUGGACUUGAGUACAAAGUGUUCUGAAACCUGACACGUUGUUUGACCCUGAAGAAGAACCAUAGUGUUUACUCUGAAGAAAGGUGUGCGUCAAUUCAUUAACUGCUGACUGCAAUGGACCGCAUGGAACUGCAAAAAGUCAACACAGAUAUUGAUGAUGACAGCAACAGCGGAGAAAGCACUGAAGAUGGAUAUUGCAAAGAUAUGGAUUCUGAGAAAGUUACCAUAAACAGUCAAUUUGCUGAUGAAGAUGCUGAAAGUCAAAAGUUUCUAACUAAUGGAAUGGGUGGAAAGAAGAAAUUAGAUGACUACACAGAAGAGCAUCAUCCUGGAACCACAUCAUUUGGAAUGUCAGUGUUCAACCUAGGCAAUGCCAUCAUGGGCAGUGGAAUUCUUGGCCUUUCCUAUGCCAUGGCUAAUACAGGAAUCGUAUUGUUUGUGGUUCUCCUGCUUGCAGUUGCCAUUUUAUCACUGUAUUCUGUGCAUCUUUUAUUAAAGACAGCAAAGGAAGGAGGUUCAUUAAUUUAUGAAAAAUUGGGUGAAAAAGCCUUUGGAUGGCCGGGAAAACUUGCUGCUUUUAUCUCCAUCACAAUGCAGAACAUUGGGGCAAUGUCAAGUUACUUAUUUAUUGUCAAAUAUGAACUUCCUGAAGUUAUAAGAACUUUUAUGCGACUGGAAGAGAAUUCUGGGGAAUGGUACCUGAAUGGAAACUAUCUGGUGAUAUUUGUGUCUGUUGGAAUUAUUCUUCCAUUGUCCCUUCUGAAGAAUUUAGGAUACCUUGGGUACACAAGUGGAUUUUCUCUCUCUUGCAUGGUCUUCUUCGUCAGUGCGGUCAUCUAUAAAAAGACUCAGAUACCCUGCCCAUUACCUAUGUUGGAUCAACAUCCUGGAAAUUUAACAAACAGCACUAAUCAUCUACCCCCUGUUAUAAUGCAAAACUACACCCUUAGUUCUGGCGUGAACUUUAUGAUGGAUUACACUCAAGAAGGGACAGGCCUGAAUGAGCACAAAGAUAAUAACCAUGGAAGUGGAGUAGAGUUUGAAGCCCACACUGACGAUAGAUGCCAGCCCAAAUAUUUUGUGUUCAAUUCACAGACAGCUUAUGCUGUUCCUAUAUUGGCUUUUGCUUUUGUGUGCCAUCCAGAAGUUUUACCUAUCUACAGUGAGCUGAAAAGCCGUUCCCGAAGAAAAAUGCAGAAUGUUUCUAAUGUGUCUAUAGCUGCAAUGUUGGCAAUGUAUCUCUUUGCUGCGCUGUUUGGUUACCUUACAUUUUAUGGUGAAGUUCAAGAUGAAUUGCUGCACACCUACACAAAAGUGUACACGUUUGACACUCUUCUUCUCUGUGUUCGCCUGGCUGUACUUGUGGCUGUAACCUUGACAGUGCCAAUUGUAUUAUUUCCUAUACGUUCCUCAGUCACUACCCUGCUAUUUCCUGGAAGACCAUUCAGUUUUCUACGGCAUUUCAUGAUAGCCUUUAUUCUGCUGAUCUUCAACAACAUUCUGGUCAUAUUUGUGCCCACUAUUAAGGAUAUCUUUGGAUUCAUAGGUGCUUCAGCGGCAACCAUGUUGAUCUUCAUUCUUCCUGCUGCUUUUUAUUUACGAAUAGUCAAAAAAGAACCUUUUCGUUCACCACAGAAAAUUGGGGCUUUUGUUUUCCUCGUGGUUGGUUUCAUAUUCAUGAUCGGGAGCAUGUCUCUUAUUAUAUUCGACUGGAUCCACAACGCAUCGUCCUCCAAACAUCAUUAACCCUUGUGAUCGCCCUACAUGCGCCUUUGGCUGGAAGCCAGUGUGGAUGACCGGAAGACAAGAUGCUAGAUCAAUCCAAAGACUGUUGCUGGUACCAACGUGUGGAAUAGAAAACUCUUUUUAUACUAGGGCUUGUUAUUUAUGCAUUAACACAUAUAAGUGUUUGUAUUAUUAGACAUCUUAAAACCUUAGUAGCUGUUCUCUGCACAGGUUUUAUGCAAAUCAGAGCAGAAAUACUGCUGUAUUAUAGAUGCUGUUAUGUCUGGAGGACACUGUGGACUGUGCCAUGACUGCAUUAACACUGUUUUUAGAGGAGACUGGAAAAUUACUGAAACUAAUGUGAUGGGUUUUUGGCAACCAUGGAACCUUUAGUUUUCAAUAACUGUAAUGGUGUAUUUCUACUACAGUAGAUGACUUUGCAAAUGUAGAUUCUUCUAAUACUACUGCUAAUACCUUUCAACAGACAUUACUACAGGACGAGUAUUAAGCCUUGACGGGCCCCGUUCCUCAAGAGGCACUCCUUUCCUGUCUUAUCUGAUUUCUAUGUCAAACUAUCUUUUUUCUAGUAUAUCGACAUAACAGAAAAUACUCCAUAAGCAUGGUAGUUAGUCAUGAUUCAACGCAUUUUGACUGAUACAUUAGGUGCCCACCUUUUAACACCAUGUCACUUUUGGUCCCACUGAUACAUUUUAUAUAUAUAUA